GCGAGAUAAUUGUUUGAUACAAUUUACAUUUGGAAUUGAGGCUCUAUUUCGCUCUCGUUGAACAACUCAUUGGUCCCUCCUGCCCUUGAGGCCAACCCUUCUUUUCCCCGCUCAUUUCCUCCUCUCUGCAGUCCAUUUCCAUCGUUGUAAUUCGCCCCGCCAUGAAGCAGCGUUUCUCUUCUUUAGAUGUCAAGGUCAUUGCUACUGAAUUGGCCGCAUCUCUGGUCUCCCUGCGAGUGUCCAACAUCUACGAUCUCUCUAGCCGAAUCUUCCUCUUCAAGUUUGCAAAGCCCGGGCGGCGUGAACAAUUGCUGGUAGAUUCCGGCUUCCGGUGUCACUUGACUUCCUUCUCCCGCACGGCAGCCACCGCCCCGUCACAAUUUGUCAGUCGGCUGAGAAAAUACCUCAAGAGUAGGCGCGUGACAGGCGUCACACAACUCGGUACCGAUCGAGUAAUUGAGAUCACCUUCAGUGAUGGACAAUAUCGACUGUUUCUCGAGUUUUUCGCCGCAGGCAACAUCGUGGUAACCGACGCGGAGUUAAAUGUCCUGGUCUUGUUGAGGCAGGUCAGUGAGGGAGACGAAGACGUCGACGUCAAAUUAGGUGGGAAGUAUCUCACCGAUGUGAAACAAAAUUAUCAUGGUGUGCCACCUAUCACUCCACAAAGAAUAAAGGACGCGUUACAGUCAGCUGUGGAUCGUGCUAAGGCUGCAAACGAAGUUGGCGGUAAAAAAGCUAAGAGGGCGAAAGGACUGGAUGAUCUAGGCAAGGCUUUGAGCAUUGCCUUUCCAGAGGUACCCUCACAGCUUCUAGAGCAUGUUUUCCGGCAAGCUGGUCUUGACGGAGCCACAAAAGCCGAUGCUGUCCUCCGAGACCAGGACUCGUUCCAGAAUGUCGUCAAGGCACUGGAUCAAGCCAAGUCCAUUUUCGAUUCAUUAGGCAAGGGCCAAGACAAGGGCUAUAUCAUUGCGAAGAUACGAGAAACAGCUAGCACAGAGCCGGCAGGGCCUGAAGCGGCAUCGCCUGAGCAAGAGAGCCUCCUCUAUGAUGACUUUCAUCCCUUUCGCCCGGCUCAGUACGAAGCCAAACCUGGCAUGAAGAUUCUCGAAUUCGACGGCUUCAACCGCACCGUGGAUGAGUUCUACUCCUCAAUCGAAUCCCAGAGACUCGAAUCACGCUUGACUGAGCGCGAGCAAGCGGCGAGGAGAAAGAUUGAGACCACCCGGGCUGAACACGAGAAUCGACUCGGUGCGCUGCAGCACGUGCAAGAAAUGCACAUUCGAAAAGCCCAGGCCAUCGAAGCAAAUACGCACUGGGUUGAAGAGGCAUGUGCUGCUGUCAAUGGCUUGAUCGGUCAAGGUAUGGAUUGGGUCGACAUCGGCAAGUUGAUCGAAAAUGAACAAAAGCGUGCAAAUGUGGUGGCGCAAAUGGUGAAACUACCUUUGAAACUCGAAGAAAACACAGUGACACUUCUACUCGACGAACCUGGUCAGGAAUUUGAAGAUGAAAGCGACGAGGAAGACAGAACGGACGACGAAAGUGACUCCGAUGAAGAGCCGGACAAGGCGAAACUCUCCCAUGGGGGGUCGGAAAAGAAACUUGCCAUUGACAUUGAUCUCGCCCUCUCUCCGUGGGCCAACGCCCGACAGUACUACGAUCAGAAAAAGAGUGCUGCGGUCAAGGAGAAGAAGACGCUGGAGGCUUCUGCCAAAGCCCUGCAGUCUGCCGAGAAAAAGAUCGAAAGCGAUCUCAAGAAAGGACUGAAACAGGAGAAAGCUGCAUUGCGAGUCUCACGCAAGCAGUUCUGGUUCGAGAAAUUCCUGUUCUUUAUCUCCAGCGAUGGCUAUCUGGUGAUUGGAGGCAAGGAUGCGCAGCAGAACGAACUUCUGUACCGGCGUUACCUCAAGAAAGGUGAUGCCUAUGUACACGCUGAUUUGCAGGGGGCGUCUAGUGUGAUCGUGAAAAAUAACCCCCGGACGCCGGAUGCGCCGAUCCCUCCAUCAACUCUUUCGCAGGCCGGAGCAUUGACAGUAUGUACGAGCACCGCCUGGGACUCGAAGGCAGUGAUGGGGGCCUGGUGGGUUGAAUCAGAUCAAGUCAGUAAGACAGCUCCAGAUGGCGAAUACCUCAAGACUGGCGGAUUCGUGAUUCGGGGCCGCAAGAAUAUUCUCCCUCCUACUCAACUAUUGCUGGGCUUCGGAGUCAUGUGGCUGAUCAGCGAAGAAAGUCGGGCAAAUCAUGGUAAACACCGGUUGGAUCGAACCGAGACUGCUCUAAACCGGGAAGCCGAGGGAUUGGCACACGACACGAAAGCGCUGUCUCUUGGUGAUGCAAACAUCGCUGAAGAGGUUAUUGAAGAGUCUUCGAAUCAAGAUCAGGUCAUUCCCGACUUGGAAGACGCCGCUGAAGAAGCAGAGAAGGAGAUCAGCGACGAUGAUGGCGUGGCUGUCAAUGCUGCGGAAAUUCCUAGUGAUGAAGACGACGAUGACGACGAUGACGACGCCGACAGAGCAUCCGAUAUGGAAGAGCAGCGAAGCAAUCCUUUACAAACCUCCACACAGCCCACGGCUACCAAAGAUGAUACAAUCAAAAAGACAGAAGUUGAGAUAGAGGAAGAGUCAGAGGCCGAAGAGGAAGAAGAAGAUCACGACAAUUCCGAAAACGCCACGCCCGAACCACUGUCCACAGGCGUCUCCACACCCAACUCCUCGCAAACACCACAGAGUUCCAACACCAAAUCCAAGCAAUUAACUCGCGGCAAGCGCAGCAAAGCCAAACGCGCACAGAAGAAAUACGCCGAGCAAGACGAAGAAGACCGAGCCCUAGCAAUGCAUCUCCUGGGAUCCGAACGAGGACAAGAACGGAAACAAGCCGCCGAACUCGAAAAAGCCGCGCGCGAAGCCAAAGCACAAGCCGACAAGGAACGACGAGCUGCACAACACGCCAAAGCAGCAGAAAAAGAACGCCAACGCCGUGAGAGAAUAGAAAAAGCCACUGCCGCUGCCGCCACCGCAGGCACCGGCGCCGACGCCAUACUCGACCAAGACGACGAACUCAGUCGCGAACAAAUCGAACAGGAACGACAAGAACUCCUCAACAUCGAUCGAAUAGUUCCCGCGCCACAACCGGGCGAUGAACUACUGGCCGCAAUCCCCAUGGUCGCACCAUGGACAGCGAUGACGCGACAGAAAUAUAAAGUCAAGCUCCAGCCCGGCACGGUCAAGAAAGGGAAAGUCGUGCGUGAAAUCGUCACGUUCUGGACGGGGCUUGGUGCGAGAGGACCGAAGAUCGUGGAUGAGACGAGUCGUGAAAAGGACCGCGUGUGGCGUCGUGAGUUGGAUUUGCUUAAGGAUUGGAGGGUUGAGGAGAUUGUCGGGUAUUUACCUGUCAAGGGUGCACGCAUUGUACAGGGUGGUGGUCUUCUUGGAGCGGUUGGGGCUUCUGCUACAGCGGCGAAGAAGAGGAAUGGUCCGCCUGGUGGUGGGAAGGAGAAGGGGAAGGGGAAAUCUGGUGGUGGAAAAGGGAAGAGAUGAAAGAAAAAGGAAUAAGAGGACAAGAAGCCUUUUUUCCAAGGUCUGUAGUAUGGACAGUGUCCUUAGAACAUAAGCUGCCAUGGUCGUCAAGACCAAGAAGACGUAUAUCCUGAAUAGAACAAGCACAUGAAA